AUGCCACCGAAUCGCGCUCAACAUGCUCAGCAAUCUUACAAAUUUAAACGGAAUAGUAAUAAACAUCAGCCAUUAUGUACUCCAGAUCUUAAGCCGCACCAUGUUGCAGCACCCCGGCAUCACCAACAUUCAGUGUGUCAACCGCGGGCGGCGAGCCCUAGACCUAUAUUGUUAUCAGCACUCGCGGAAGUUCAAACAAUGCAAGUGAAACUCCUCCGUGGGCAGACACUGACCGUCAAUCUGACGUCACGACCGAAGAAAGUGGUGGGCCGCGGGCUGAGGCGCAGUCUGCGGUCGCAGUGCACGACAGAGAGACGCGCGGGCCGCACGCACGACAUGGACGAGCGCGCGACACCUUAG